AUGAUGGAUGUUCAUGAAAAUCAACAAAACUUGAUAUCAAAUGUAUCAAAACUUGAUAUUGAUGAAGAAAAUCCUACAGAAGUGACUCCUUUAACAAAUGCAAAAGUUAAUGAAGAAGAAGAAGUCGUACCAUUUAUGAUUCCAGAACCUUAUGAUUGGACUACAAGUUUAUUAAGUCAAAUCUGUCGUGAAGGUGAUAUACAUCGUUUACGACUAUUCAUUGAAUUUAGUCGACAAACAUCAAUCUGUGCUCAAGUAGCCAGUAACAUCAUUGGCCAACUUGAUGUUGAUACUGGUCUUUCACCUUUGCAUCAUGCUGCUCGUCAUCAACAAUUAAAUGUUUGUGUCAUGCUUUUAUCAAACAUUGAACUUGUAUCAGGUGUUAAUAUAAAAGAUGAACAUGGCCGAACACCGAUGUAUUCAGCAUUUCGUUUAUCAAAUCAUACAUUAAACCCAGCAAAUGAAGUUCUAAGCGAAAAUGAUUUUGGAACUCAAUUUCAAGAUUCGGAGACUUGGCAACAAGAAUACAAUCAUACUAUUCUUUCAAGUCAUCAUCCAAUUAUAUAUCUAUUUGCGAGAACGAAUGGAGAUGUUAAUGUACGUGAUAAAUAUCUUCUUACGCCACUUCAUUACGCUGUAGCUCGUCAAAACUUAGCUGGUGUAAAGCAGCUGAUUGCAUUAAAUGCUGAUAUUGAAUCUAGAGAUCGACAAGGAAUUCGUCCAUUGCAUAUUGCAUGUAAAGAAGGUUAUUUUUCAAUUGUUGAAUAUUUAAUUGAACAAGGUGCAAAACUUGAUGCUGUUGAUGCUGAUUCCUGGACGCCAAUACAUUAUGCAUGUGCAAAAGGACAUUUAGAUAUAGUUAAGUUAACUUAUCUAAAACACGAGAGUUACUUUAAAGAAAUCCUACUUAUGAAAACUAACAAUGAUGCAACAUGUUUUCAUUUGGUAGUAGAAAGUGGAAAUGUUUUAUUAGUUAAAUAUCUUCUAACGAAAUUUACACGUGAUAAUAUAAAAUUAUUAAUUAACGAACAAGUAGAACCCUUUGGUACUCCUUUACAUAUAGCAGCUAAAAUUUGUGAUCCAUCUAUGAUUCGUCUUCUAUAUGAUUAUGGAGCUGAUCCGUCCCUAUUAAAUUCAAAUAAACAAUCUCCACUUCAUAUUGCAUGUGCCUCAAAUCGUCUUUCUAACGUUCAAGAAUUUUACAAUCUUACACAAUUAUCUCUGCUAGAAAUAAAAGAUCGGCGUGGUCGAACAGCUCUAUCGGUCACAACUCAACCUGAUAUUAUCGAUCAAUUAAUUACAUUUGGCUCGGAUAUUUCAAGUACCGAUCAUGAUCAAAUGAAUGCAAUCAUGAUUGCUGUAUCAACUGGUCAAAUUAGUAUUGUUAAUCGUUUGUUAUCUGUUUUUGAUCAUCAAUUUUUACCAAUUAUUGAUCAAGUAGAAUCAAAACAUCAACGUUCAAUAUUUCUAAUUGCCAUUCAAACUGGUUCUAUCGACAUGUGUUCAUUACUAUUAACUCAACCUUGUAUUCGUUGGGAUACAAUUGAUAAACAACGUAUGAAUGCAUUUCAUAUAGCAGCACAAAAUAAUCACUAUGAAUUGAUUACACUUCUUUGUAAUCACAUUCAACAAUCGACUAGAUUACAAACCAUGAACAGUCGUAGUAAUUCUAUUACGGCAACAAUUGAUUCUAAUCAAUCAAAUCUUCAACAAACAUCAUCGUUUCUACGUUUAUAUAUUGAUGCACAAAAUCAAGAUGGAAAAACUCCAUUACAUUUAGCAGCUGAACAAGGCCAUCUAUCGUGUAUAGAAAUACUUCUUAAACAUAGUGCUAAUGUUCUGCUUGAAAGUUAUCUUGGUCAAUUACCGCUUCAUGUUGCAAUACAACAUGGUCAUGGUGCAUGUGUUUAUGUAUUGAUAAAUGCUUGUACAAACUGUAUGAGAGAAUUUCAAUCAAUUUUAUCAAGAAAACAAUUACCAUUAAUAGUGACUGCUUGCCGAUAUGGUUUUGCCGAUAUUGUAAAAGUUUUAAUUUCGAACAAUAUUGGAAUUGAUUAUGAUAUGAAUUUGAAUUGUAACGAAGACGAAGAAAAUCCAUUGGAAAUCGGGAUAAAAUAUCGACAAAACGAGACAGUACAUUUACUUUUAGAGCAUUCAAGUAGUGAACAAUGGCUGACGUCAAUAAGAAAUUCACAUGAAAAUGUUCAUCAAACACCAUUAAGAGAUUUAAUUCGAUAUAUGCCUGAUUGCGCACAACAUACUUUGGAUAAAUUAAUAGUGAAAACAAACGAAAUUGAUUUGCUUGGAAAUAGAUUUCAACGAACAACUUAUAAAUAUAGAUAUCUCGAUGAUUAUUUUAUAGAUAAUAAUAAAUUAUAUACAAAAAGUAGUCAUCAACUUUACCGUAAUCAUCCAUUGAUAAUUGCUCUUGAUAAUGAACAUCAUGGUUUACUUGAGCAUCCUCUUGCUCAACAAUUAAUGAAACGUAAAUGGAAAAUGUAUCGCCCAUUUUUUUAUUUUCCGCGAAUAUUAUCUUUUUUACUUUUACUUGUUUCAACAUUCUAUGCUCUAAUGAUGCCUGCCCCGAAUAUUAAAGCCUCAUCAAACUCUGUUUCAUUAUCAAUAACAAUUGCAAUAGCCACGCGAUGGAUUAUAGUUGUAUUAUCAAUAAUAAAUUUAUUGAAAAUUUUCUUAGAAAUUAUUCUUUUUCGAGGUUUCCGUGUGCUAUUUGCACAAUUAUUCGGAUUGGUAACAUUUCUUUCUACAACAAUAGCUUUUACACCGUUCAAAAGCACAACCGAUGAGUUUAUCUCUUGGCAAUGGCAAUUAACAGCAUUUUCAGUUUUAAUACAAUGGUUUAAUAUAGCUGUUAUGCAUCGCUCGGUCCCCAUUCUCGGCCAAUUUUUCGUUAUGGUUGAAUCCGUAUCAAUUAAAUUUAUAUUUCUAUUAUUUGUUACAUGUCCAUUACUUAUUGCAUUUACAAUUUCGGUAAAAAUGUUAUUUUUCAAUCAUCCGGCAUUCGCAACUGUAGUAAAUGCUAUACAUAAAUCAUCAACGAUGAUUACUGGAGAAUUCGAUUACGAAACAUUAUUUUUUUCAAAAUCAACAUUUACAGCAGCAGCAUUUUUAUUUAUACCAUUUAUUGUUAUUAUGCCUAUUGUUUUUAUGAAUCUUUUAUUAGGCAUUACAAUUGGAGAUAUACAAGGUUCAAUGGAGCGUGCACGAACUAAAGCAAACGCUUAUUGGAUUCGUGAACUUAUUUAUAUUGAAUCAACAUUACCAAGUAAAACAUGGUUAAAACAUAAUAUAGUAGAAUAUAGCAGUGAUGAUAAUUAUAUAAAUAACUCAAUUGAAAAUAAAGCACACAAUCAAGAUGAACAUGAAAAUGAGUCUUUAACAAAUCAGCCGCAUAUAGUUGAACUUGGAAAAUUAGUCGAUAUUCUAGAUUUUUUAUGUACACAAACAAAGCAAAUUUUAGAUUAUGAAAUUAAUUUAGAACAAACAGUGAAACAAUUACUCACGAUAAGAAAAGCUCAAGAUUCACAUCGAACAAUAUCCAACAGAUCAUCAAGCGUAUAA